UUAAGUCCAUAUUUGACACUGCCCCGAUGUCGCUUGGCAGCUGGAAGCAGUUGAGACCGGGACAAAGGACGCCCCCGGUGUCUCGGUGCCUUCCGCGGGCGUGGAGGGCUCCAUCUUCUGUGGCUUUGUGAACUCGAGAACCGCAUGGUGUGCUGGGUUGCUUGGUGGAGCUUACCGCUGUUGGCUGUGGCCCAGAACCAGCUCAAUGCCACCACCGUUUGUACAUAUCCUAGGUCUUGCUCGACAUUUCUAUCAGACGACCUUCCAUGCCUGACUUUAGACUUUGCACGAGUCUUCGACUACGCCCUACGAGAGGACGUUUGUGCGCUGGUAACACCUGCCCAUGGCAACGAUGUCUCGUACAUGCUCUCUUCUGGAGUAGCCAACUCCAGAUGUAUUGCAGACUGGAGAGGAGAUGGACGUUGCGAUUUGUCCAACAACCACAACUUAGACAAUUGCCAAUAUGAUGGAGGAGAUUGCUGCCUCUCGACUUGUCAAACAAACUGUGCCAACGAGCCGGACUCCUACCAGCGGAACAGUAACACCUGUGAGUACUUCUGUGGAGAGGAGGCUCUCUUUUGGUGCUUAGACGAUGACGCUGUCUUGUCUCCUGUGCGUCAGUGGUGCGCCUUUGGACAGAUUCAGGCAAUGUCUCGAUGCUUUCUCUCUAAGUUGGAGAUUGCGGGUGCGCUACAACAGUGCAUCUUGGAUGAUCGGGUCCAUGGCAACACCAUCAAUGCAGGUCCACAGUGCGGCAAUCAAACCCUCACCUGCACUCUGCAGGAUGUUCAAGCGGAGAAUGGAUGCCAUUUGACCAAGGAUGACUGCUUCAGUCGGAUGUGUUGCACGGAGGCCAUCGAAAAUGGCUUCAUUGACACCAAUCCAGAGGUGCUUCCUUCUUUGACUCAGAUCUACGACAAGUGUGCAUCUAGUCAAACCGACAACGAUGAGCCCUGCUUCCCUUUCAUGGUGAAAUGCUUGCAGGAGACGCGCGCUGCUAAAGGUGGCUGUUGCUCCUGUGAUCCAGGCUGGGGUGGGUGGCGAUGCCGGAACCCUCUUUGUUGGCCCUCAUGCCAGCAUGGCAAAUGUGUGGCGCCGGACUUGUGCCACUGCGAACAAGGCUGGAAAGGUGCUGCUUGCCAGCAUGCUGUUUGUGAGCCCGAAUGCAUUCCUGGGCAGGGUACCUGCGUGUUGCCCAACACCUGCGAGUGCUUUUAUGGCUGGGGAGGCACCUCCUGCGAGCUGCCACUGUCAGAGCCUGCCUGCGUGAAUGGUGAUGCGGUGGCUCCUGACAUUUGCCGCUGUGCCGCUGGAUGGGGUGGUCGGUUGUGUGACUACCCGUUGUGUCAGAGUUGGCCGUUACCUUCGCCAGAGUGUGUGCAUGGCACCUGUGUGGAGCCGUUCGAAUGUGAAUGCGAACCCGGAUGGAAGGAGUAUCGGCCCAUCAACCAGACCGGCUACGACAUCCUUCCGUUCUGGUCGCCUGGCCAAGACAUCUCACAAGAGACAGCCGGAAGCUAUGUGAAGGCAGACUCUCGGAUCUCCUUCCUCUCCUUCUGGGAUCGUGCAUACAACUCCUCCAACGCGGCCCAAUGUACCGUCCCCGACUGUGCCAUCAUUGUGGAUCCUCGAUGUGUGGAGUGCGAAGUCGUUCCGCAACAGAGGUGUUUGAAGUGCGAACCUGGCUUUUUUGUCGACACAGCCAUCGAUCGCUGCGAAAGGUGCUCCAAUCGAUUCCCGCAUUGUCAGCUUUGUGGACCAGAACCCACGGGGCCCGAUGGACUUGUCGUUCUCCGAUGCACACACUGUGAUCCUCUCUAUGUCUUGGAGCCAAUGCCAUUUGGUGAGGAUCCUUCGGGACGCUGUGUCUCAGAUGGCCCCAUUGAGUUCAGCUCACCCAUCUAUCACGUCUACAAGGACCAGGGAAAUGUCACCUUGGUCAUCCAGCGAAGCAUCUACGCGCUGAGAGCAGAGUUUGCUCGUCCCAUCACCGUGGUCGUGCGAACAAGAGAUGGGACUGCACACAGUAGCAGCCUGGUGUAUGGAGGUGAGCUAGCGUCGUUCGAACCCACGGUGGCGAACAUCACCUUUGGUGUGGAUGAGUCGCAGAUGAUCCCCAUGGAAGGAACGGAGGCUUGGAACUACAGCUCCCAGCUGCAAGCACGCUUUCAGGAGCGCAUUGACCUUCCCAUCAAGAUCUUUGAUGAUGUUUCCUACCAUCCAGAAUUCCGAUACUUUGAUGUGGAGCUGGUGAUACCUCCAGAACAACUGAUGGGCCAUCAGGGUCCGUUGUAUCCCUUCGUCUCUCUACGACAACAGGAGACUGACCAGGCUUGGAUGAUGCCCCAAAAUGUUUAUCGUGCACCGAUCCUGGACCGGCAGGACGUGCUGAGCACUACGCGCGUGUACAUUUGGGACCAUCGAGAAGCCACGGCGGCCCAAACAUUUUGUACAGGCGAUUGCCAACAAUGGACUGCAAGGACCUUGGUUGGCUUUUUGCGGGGUGUAAUGAUCAAUGCCCGGACCUACGACGACCAAGCCAUCACGGUGUCCACAGACAUCCGAAAGGAGCCUCACUUCAUCAUCAAAUAUUUGCCACGUGGUGAGGGGAACGAGGAGUCCGUUGGAACGAUUACCACGGCCACUCCCACGAACAUACCAGGCACCUAUGCCGGUCGCUUCACACCCACCUUGCCGGGCAUCUACAAGCUUCAGGUCGAGCAAUCGGUGCCGGGGAUUUUCGCGGAGUACUGGUGGCAUCGCAACAUCCAUCGGAACGCUCCUCAGCAGCCGGACAUUACCCGCAUUGACCACGUCUUGGACUUUUGGUUUCCUGAUGUGACCUUCGCUCCUGCCUUUGUCCGGUGGAAGUUCAUUUUACACUUCGAGUGCAUUCGUACCGCGAGAUGGCCCUAUAACUUCGGGCAUGCCUUGGGCAUCAUUGCAUCCCCAGGCUCUGAGGUGCGGGCUUUCUUCUGGAACGACGGCUCGGUCACGAAGCGAGUGCCCGAAGAUGUCGUGCCACAGAAACGUGAGCAGAUGAUUCGAGAGGAUUGCAUGACAGAGGUGCCCUACUUUAUUUGCAUUGAUUUGCUCUUCCAUGAUCCUGUGGUCGACCCGUUCGGGUUUUAUGCAUUUGAGAUCGAGUGGAGCACCCCUAUGGCUGAAGAUCUGGAAGAGAAGCUCUCAACCUCCAUCGAGAUCAUGCUGUACCAUCAAAACGACACUGACUACUGGGGUUGGUGGCCCAUCCAACAGGGCUGUUUGCUAAGCAGUGGUUUGAACAUCCAAGGCAGUCCCUUCGAAGACUUUCAGGCGAUCAGCGGCUCUGCACGUGCGGAGUUCUCCACGGUUCUGGCAAUGCCAGACUCAACCACCGAGAUGACCGUGAUUGUGGACACUUUAGCAGAGGUGCGGGUUGAUCUCCGUGACAUCUUGGGACAGCCGGUGGUGGGAGGCAGCAUGUUGGGCAGCGUAAGCGCUCGCUUGUUCACCAUGAAGGGCGUCAAGGAGAUGGAUUUGCCGGUGCGUUGGGAUCCUGCAAGGGGUUUCUAUGCAGCUUCUUGGACACCUUUGCCACCAGAUCCAAUCUUCCAAGAUGAUGUGAGCACCGGACGAUACUACAGGCAACUCAUUGUUCGCCUGGAUGGCAAUCAGAUCAUCAACUCUCCGAUGCCGGUGACUAUCCUCUUGGCGAUCUCAGAUCCCUCUCAGUCCUUCGUCAUGGCAGGUGACUACACGAUCGCCAAGGCUGGAGAGCCGGUCUGGUACCAGGUGCGCUCCGCCACCUUGGCAGGGCGCCUUCGUGUGACUGGUGGCGAUGUCUACGAAGUGCUCUUCGAGGGGCCGGCGCACGAUCCGUUGAUGGGAGAUGAUCGAUUUGAUGGUACAGUGAUCGACAAUUUGAAUGGCUCUUACACCGUCAACUUUGAGAUCCAAAGGCCACCUGCGAAGCUUGAGCUAGCCAAGAUCGGGCCGUCGCCCUUCUUGGGCGUUCUCAUUUGGGAUGACCUCUCAGCGCCAUUGACCACGGCCUUUGGCCCAGGCAUCAGCCCUGCGCAGAAUGUGCCCGGCAAUCCUGCGCGGAUCAUUGCAGGCUACUCUGUGGAGUACCGGCUGUGCCAGGCGGGACUGACGGCCAUGACUAUUGAGCUCUACACCACAGAGGCUUGGCGGCCGAUUGGCAGCAGCCCCUUCCUAUUGCAGGUUCUUCGUGGCGAGCUGGUGGCAGAAACCUCCAAGGUACACCCUCCCAUCUCGCAAGUUUUCAGCGGAGUGCCCAAUACCAUGCAAGUGGAUCUUCGAGAUGCCUGUUUGUACAUCUCUUUGGAGCGCAUCGAGAAUGGUACCCAAGAGGCCCUUGUCUUUGAAGCUGUGCGCUCCACUCCGGGAGAGGUCACGGUCUUCUUCACUCCCAUGCAACGUGGCGAGCACCGUUUGGUGGUCCUAGGCGAUGGCGUGCCGGUGCAGCGUGCACCAAUGUACUUCACCGUGAUGCCAGCCACUUCAGUGCCCGACUCGCGCAACUGGCUCCUGCCGGCCAUAGGAGCGCAGCAUGAGGGACGAUGUCGAGAGGGGCCUGCUUUUGAGCACCCUAGGCUAGGAGUUGUUUCGUUAUGUCCAUUUCAGGCAGGGUCGAGGAAGCAUUGA